AUGCCGGGAACAAGCCUGCCGACAUACCAAGAGGCUACCAGGACAGUGGACUGGCUGGAGCUGGCUGGCCCCUCCAUCUCGAUCCGAGACUAUGCCCGACUUUGCCGUGUGUCUAGGCACUUUUGCGAUUAUUUCCUCCCCAGGCUCUGGACCGAUCCGUUUGCCAUCUGCUACGCCCUCGAGCCAACAACCAGGCUUGAUGGGGAAACUCCGAGAACCGAACUGUUCUUGCGUACCGUUCCUGAUACCCGUUUGAGCACCCGUUCCCUGGUUUUCGCGUUCACUCCACGUAUCAGGGACUGGCUAUUCAUGCUCGGCCGUUACCCCGAAACUUACUCACCCUCCUCCUGGUUCGCCAACUUGCGCUGUAUGACCCUGAUUGAUUGUCCUCCCCCAAACGACCACGAGCAUAUAAUCCAAUUCAGUGCUAGCCAGUUUCCAACCCGACCGUAUGUCGUGGCCGCCGUCAGGUGUUCUCGGCUGCCAGUACAAUGGCCUGCCUCAAAACGCUUCCGGGAAGUCGUCUACUUUGAUGACUCUCGGACCCACCAGUCUGGUCCAACCCGGCCGCGCUUCCAGGGUAUGCACCGCUUACGCAUCCUGAGGGCGACAGGCCACAAUAUGGGAGACUCGGGCGCUGCACAAAUCUUCCACGAUCUUGGGCGGAGGUUAUGGAGUCUUGAUCUCUCCAACAACCGCUUGACCAAUCGCUUUCUCCAAAACGUCGUCCAGUCCGACAAACUCAGGGGUCGUAGCCAGCUCGGGAACCGUCAUGAGGAUGGAUCAUGCAUAUGCUUUGGCCGCGGCCAUCACCACGAACUGGAAGGCUCUUUAUGCUCUAGCGGGAUGGGUCUCUUCAUUCACGAAACACCUUGGACCGAGGACUUGCGCUUAUAUCAUUCCCGGAGGUACCAUGAGGACAGCCCCGGCUAUGUAUUUAGGGCAAACCCAGAGGAUGCCAAUGCAGAGUCUCGAGAGGUUAGAAAGAGAGCCCUCGAUGACUCGCUUGAUGCUGUGGUCAAAGCCAUUUGCUCGGAGAAAGAUGUUUCGUCGAUUCAUUCUCUCGAUAUUUGUCAGCUUCCCCUUUUGGGUAUCACUCAUCUCUACCUCAACCAGAAUCCCAUGAUCACAGCGGAAGGCUUCAAGUUGAUUAUUGAGUCUGGAUUCGAGCAGCUGCAGCGGUUUGAGUGCGACUCAAUGCUGUUUAUUACGAACGGCGACAUGUCUCGAUACAACGAGUACUACCACGAGUCCAGGGCCGUACCAUCAUCCGUAUCUGGCUGCAAGAACCAGGCGAUAUCCGGCAUCUUGGGUCUCUCUCAUCUGUUUCGCCCUGUCUUUUCAAACCUGCAAAUCUUACGUAUUCAUCACUCUCUUGUCACAAAUUUACCCUCGUUGGUGGGAUUUGAUGAUCUAUCUGCCAUGGAGAAGAUAUGGUUCGCCGAAACCUUCCUUCUCCCUCGAGCCGAUCUAGUCUUUCCCAACCCCUUCUACCCAGACAUGAACCCCAGACUGAGGUCCCUGACCUUGACGCACAUCCCACGGUACUCUACCGGGCCUCUGAUCGAGAGACUCAAGGGAUUGUUGAAAGCUGCAUGGUUCCAGGAACAGACAAUUGCCAAACUGAGGGCAGAGUAUCGCCGUGUCCAAUCACGCUAUCAACCUCCGCUGCUGCCCGGAUUGCGCAAGAUCAUCCUCGAGUUUGACCCCGACCCGCGUGAGAAGCAAGGGCAGGGCCAGACGGGAACUGAUGGACUCGAGGGAUUUGAUGCCGAAGCCUUGCUCAACAGCGGUGCUACUGAGGAGUUUGGCACGUUUGGGGGAUUUACUCGCAGCAGCAACAGCUACGGCACAAGCGGUCCAUCAACGUCGUCUGCUGUGAGACAUGUCAAUGCCAACAACAACGGCGUGACAAUGUUCCGGCGGCAACAACCGCAAAACAGCUCAGAGUUGGCCCGACUGGCCGCCGAGACACCGUGGGUCCGAGCGGUGCUACAGUCCCGACACCAGCAAUGGCCACAGGAAGUUGAACGACGGGCGCAUGAGAAGCUUGAUUGGAAUCAGCCCAUUUACGUGACGUCGAUCUCGCGGGCGCCUGGGAAGACCAAGGUAUUCGUUGGGUAUCACCAGGACGGUCACAGCCGACCGGUGUCUAUAAACUCAACCAACAAUGGUGUAUCGUCUGGACUGGCAUCAUCACCAGUUCAGGACCCGUACCAUCCAUCGCAAUCCCCCUACCAUUCACAAGAACAAGCCCGAGAACCACGAACGUCUCCUUCAUUGCCAGUAUCAACACACUCCUUACCCCCCGAACCACCCGCCUACACGGCUUUACCUACUCCAGGCCCAUCCACCCCAUUACCACUCCCAGCCUCCACCACGUCCACCACCUCGCCUUCUUCACUACCACCACCACCACCACCACCAUCACCACCAGAAACCCCACAACUACUAACCCCAAUUCCCCCCUGCUACACCUCCUUCCCCUACUUCCUCUCCCCCGAAGAGAAACAAGCCUCCCUAACCACUUACAACCUUCUCCUCUCACGCGUCCUGUGGUUACAUCCAAACAGCGUCCAUAAAAAGUUCAGCGACCCUGGCUACAGGCCUGAUCCGCCAGCUGGUCCUGCUGGUCCUGCUGGUUUCACUGCUAGUAUCAAUGCUUUCAGCCGUUUCAACGCUUCCGAUGUCUUUGGUGCUUAUGAUGGUAGUAGUGUUGGUGGUCCUAGUGCUUUUGAGCAGCGAUGUAAGGAGGAGCUAUUACGAGUCUUGUUUCAUCCCAUCAUGGCUGCGACGCCGAGUAUGGUUAGGGCGGGGGUGCCAACGCAGUUGUUGCCUAAGCAGCAGCAGCAGCAGCUGGGGCAGGUGGGGCAAGGCCAUGGUCAUGGUGUGCGUAGUGAAUACUUGGAUCAUGUACUCUAUAAUCGACUUCAUGAUUACGACGGAGAGAGGUUGGCAAGGAUACGUCAAGCUCCGGCUGCGGGAGGAGGUCAGCAAGCUGCUGCGGAAGAAGACGAACGGUUAGAAGAGUCGAUGGAUGAGCAGCUGCUGGAAGAGACACGUCGAGCUGAGAGAUUUCAAGCACAAGCUGCGGCGGAAAGUCAAGAUGCGGGAGGUCAACAACCCCAAGAAAGAGGAGGACGAGGCCCAGUAACAAAUAGGCAUGGUGGUGGGCAGUUGGAUGGUCGCGGCGGUGGAAGUAAGGACUCCGGGGGUAGAGGUAUGUCGAGCGAAAGAAAGGCUGCUGCUGCUGCUGCUGCUGGUGAUGAUGGUGAUGGUGAUGGUGAAUACAGCAGCAGCGAAGGAAACAUUGGAACCAGGGAUACCUCCUCUACCUCUAUCUCUACCUCCACCUCCACCUCUACAAGUACGACGGAAAGGAGGAGCGCAGCAGCGGCAAGCAAAAGAGACCUCCUGAGAAAAGAGAUGCGCCGUCCUACAAAGGAGGAACUAAAGCAGAUGAAGGAUGUUAUUGAGGAGCUUAAGAAGUUUAGGGGGUUGACUGGUGGUGGUGGUUGUGGUAGUGGUGGUGGUAGUGGCCACGAGAGCAAGGCGAAGGGGAAGGGGAAGGGGAAACAAAAGGCCGUGAACGGGGAUGGGGAUGGGGAUGGGGAUGGGAAUGGUGACGACGAGGGUGAAGAAGGUGAGGAAGAUGAUGAUGAUGAUGAUGACAGCAAAUGGGCAGGUAAACAUUGGAUGGGCGAGUUGAAGGUUAUUAGGAAACUACCGGAUGGAGGAGGAGGGUUUUAG